UUCGCAUUCCCCUCUCAGCAGUUUGCGGUUUUACUUUUACACCCUUUCCUCUUCAAUCAUCUUCUAUGGCAUUGGUAAUUGCCAGAAAGAUCAAACCUUACCCAUAGGAAACAAUAAGCAGGGAAGGACUCAUUCCAAAAAAAAAAUCGAGAAAAGGAAUGGCACAGGUACAAGCAGCAAGACUCAAUCUCCGGAUGCAGAAAGAGCUCAAGUUACUCCUCACCGACCCACCUCCCGGCGCCUCUUUCCCUUCCCUCUCCUCCUCCUCCGCCCCUUCUCUUACAUCCAUCGAUGCCCAGAUUGAAGGCCCAGAAGGGACUGUUUAUGCUAAAGGGGUCUUUAGGUUAAAGAUUCAAAUACCUGAUAGGUACCCAUUUCAGCCUCCUAUGGUGACCUUUGCCACCCCAAUAUAUCAUCCCAACAUUGACAACGGAGGCCGCAUUUGCCUGGAUAUCCUCAAUCUUCCUCCCAAGGGUGCAUGGCAACCAUCUCUGAACAUCUCAACUGUCUUAACAAGCAUCGGGUUGUUAUUGAGUGAACCAAAUCCUGAUGAUGGCCUGAUGCAUGAAGCUAGCCAGGAGUACAAAUAUAAUAGACAAGCUUUUGAUCAGAAGGCAAGAUCCUUGACUGAAAAGUAUACCAGGAUUGGUGAAAGUGAAAUUGCUGGUAGAGGGCAAGGUUCUCAGGCUGUCCUGAAGCCAAGCAUCCAACUAGCAGAAGUUAAUGAAGGAAUGGAUACAUCAGUCAAGGAAAAAAGAGUUGACGAGUAUGAAGUCGGGCACAAGAGAUUAUGUGGAAUCAGCAGGAAGUUGUCAUUGGAGUCUUCAGAGUUAGAUCAAAGAAGUAAUGAAGGAAAGGGUGUAAAUCAGGCCCCAAGUAGCCAUCUCCAUGAAAAACUGCUGGAACUUAAAGGAUUGAAAAAAGAUUCAAUGAUAACAUCCAAUGAUCAUAACCAAACUCAUCAAGAGCCACCUAGAACGAGGAAGAAACUGUCACUCGAACCUUCUGUUGUGAAGCAUGAUAAUCACGUGAUCCGUGUGGUGUCAAAUGAGUGUUCAGCCACUUCAGAAUGCAAAAGCUUGAUAACAUCUUCUUCGAAAUCUGGGCCCUUGGAGCAGCCUGAUUUGUAUUCUCAGAAUAAAAAUAAAGAUGGUGAUGGUAUUUCAAAAAGUAACAGCACAGAAACCAAGUUGGAGAAGAAGCCAUUCCUAGAGUCUCUUGACUCAAACCAAGGAACUGGGGAUGAUGAUGAGAAGCUACUUUCUGUUCCUCAGCAGUCUGACAUUCAGUUUCACUCUCGUGAGUUGCACAAAAACUUUGGAUUGGCCCAAACGAUUAAACAUGAUGGCAGAGAACAACAUGGUCAAAUUGUUAAUGGAGAUGCUAAUGACUUCACCAGGAUAAAACAAAGGAAGCUAGGUUUGGCCGGCAGGAAGUCUGCUCUCUGGAAGUUAAGUUCGUAUCAAGGUCAGCAAAAGGAUAACAUAGAGAACCUGGACCCAAAUUCAAGCUUCAACAUUGCAUGGGAGAGCAAGAAUCGUACAAUAUCCUCCAGUUUGUCAGAGGCAUCAGAAACUGGUCAUUGUAAUGAGAGGGGCAUGGAGAACCACACCACAUACUUACCUAACAAGUUGUCCAGGACAGUGCAGGGACAGCCAUUGAAACCUCUUGGUGACUCGAGCAUUAAUAUCAAUAACCAGUUUGAAAUGCAGUCUUUGAGACCAUCUAAGAUUCCUUCUGAGCAACCUGAGAGCUGCUAUGAUGAGAAGCAGCAGCUUGAGCGACCCAAGCAAGAUUGUAGAGCAAUGUUCUUGGGGGAGAUGAAUAAACAGGAAGAAACUUCUCCAUCAUGUAACGCAUAUUCAGUGAUUGUGUUAGAUAGCGAGGAUAGUGAUGAGGAGCAGGGCAGAGUUGCUAAAUCUAGGCUAUCAAUAGCACGGAGGCGCUUUUUAGGGAAGUCAAAACCAUAAGUCCAAAGGCUGACAAACGAUUGCUGUUCCUAUUUUAGCUGGUGUAAUUGCUCAUGUUGCCUUGCACCUUCUAGCUUGUAAUGCCUAUUAAAGUUUUUCAAAUUUUCUCUUGCCAUGAUUCCCAAUCGGUAAUAUAUCUCAGCUAACUUACUCUGACUUUCAGCACUUGUGGGAAAAUCCUGUGCACUUCCAUCUUGGAGCCAUCCACAGCAUAACUGACAUUCGUACUUCCUGCCAGUUCCCUUGUUCAAGGGCAACUACCAUUUGUAAUUCGCAUUUACUGGCCUUAAUAUGCUUUUCGCGGUAUUACAGCAUUACUUUUCCAAUGCCUUGAAUAGCUUCAUCUGUCAGCAUUUACUAAGGCAAAGCAUGGACCGGUAGGUCUGAAUGUCCGCUGAAAACCCAUUUGAACAGAAUAAAAUCCAUCAAACACCAAACUCUAUACUUAGUUUUGGCGCUGUUCCUUACUAUGUUUCUUGCAGCGCUGAUGUUCCGGUCGCUGGUUAGACUCGUGAAAUCAUUGGUGGCGCAGCCGGCCGCUUCAAUUACAACCAUGCUCUAUUACGGCGAUCUUCUUCCUGAGAACGACUCGCUGAAUAGAUUGGUUAGGCAAGAGUUGUUUGACCGUGACAAUCUUCUGUUUAAUGUACUAAUUAAUUUCUUGAGAUGUUUGGCGUAACCGGAUUGUCGAUGGUAGUAGUAUUUCCACCUUCUCUAGCUUCACAAAUCCUUCUUUUUUGCUUUUAGUCUCUCAUGCUUUGUGAGAAUAAAAUAAAUCCCGGGAAGGGAACUGGGACACUACUGAUUUUACAAGUCGCAUCAGUUAUUCUGCCCGCCGCUUUCCUGGGGGUUCAAUGUGAAAAUUGGUUACUUAGGUUGCAUCUAUUUUGUUAGUUCAUAAUUAUAUUUUUAUCUUUUUGAGAUAUUUUGAGCCCACAAUGUAUUCUUCUAAUUAGUAGCGUGUAAACUGUAAAGCUCCAUCUGAUAAUUUCGAGUGCUUCCCGAAUUUCAUCCGUCUAUUUGCCAGCAGAAGACGAAGGAAAGCAGGUUCUCUGUGUUUAUUUCAGAAAAAGUUUUAACUA